AUGUUUACCAUCCCUCGACUGUUGUUUCGUUCAUUGAUCAUUUUCUUCAACUGGUUUGUGGCCAGUUUGGUCUACUAUGGACUCAGCCUCAAUGUAGGCAACCUGUCCGGAGACAUCUACCUCAACUUCUUCCUCUCCUCGCUGGUGGAGCUUGCAGCCUACAUCUUCUGUCUGGUGGUGCUCGACUACACAGGCAGAAAAGCCCUCCAGUGUUUCUCCAUGCUGCUGAGUGGCGUUGCUUGUAUAUGCACAUUGUUUCCGGUCAUUUUUGGAGAUUCGGGUAUAUCGUGGGUCACCAUGGUUCUGUCACUUGUCGGCAAGUUUGGGGCGUCUGCUGGAUUCGCCGUCAUUUACAUCUUCACUGCGGAACUGUUUCCAACGGCCAUGAGGAACUCUGGGAUAGGUAUCAGCUCGCUGUGUGCCAGGCUGGGCGGUAUCUUGGCUCCAUACAUCGCUGAUGUGGGCCACUUAAUCGAAGGGGACUUUUCUCUUGCUCUGCCUUUGAUAAUAUUCGGAGGAGCCAGCAUUGUUGCUGGGCUACUGGCAUUGACCCUGCCCGAGACAUCUGACCAAGCUUUGCCGGAAACUCUCGAUGCGGCCAAACAAUUUGGAAGGUAUGAACUGUUUGCUAAACACUUUAUUCGAGACCUCAACCCACCUCAUUCAUAG